UCUGUAGCAAACCGUACCAUUUCUCUCUUAGAUACCUUUACCUUCCUUCUAUAAAUUAGGUUCUUCCUUUCACAUUUCUUUGUCUUCUUCUUCUACAUAAAAUUGAUUCGCCUCGAAAUUUACACAGACUUGUCGCUCUCUCUUUCUCUCUUAUUUCACAGAGCCCCUAAACAUUUCCAAAAAUCUUGCAAAGGAAGAAAAACAAUGGACAAAUUUUGGACUUUCCUCACUGCUCUUCAUUCAGGCGCUGGGCCUAUCGUGAUGUUACUUUAUCCAUUGUACGCAUCGGUGAUAGCAAUGGAGAGCACAACAAAAGUGGACGAUGAACAGUGGCUUGCGUAUUGGAUAAUAUAUUCGUUCCUCUCACUCACGGAACUGAUUCUGCAAUCGCUUAUUGAGUGGAUUCCGAUUUGGUAUACGGUGAAACUUGUGUUCGUGGCUUGGCUAGUUCUUCCUCAGUUUCAAGGCGCAGCUUUUAUCUACAACCGUGUUGUUAGAGAACAGUUCAAGAAACACGGCGUCCUCCGCUCCACCCACUCCAAGCCCACCAAGCCCAACAUCCUCCACUCCAUUUUCCCCCACCGGGAGGGACACGAGGCUCACAGUCACUGAAUCAGAAGGGUGGAGCAGACAGAAGAAGCCUGACUAGUAUUAUUGUAAUGGUCUUGGUGGUGGUCCCAUCAUGUCCCUGUCUAAUCUACUUUUUACUUUAUUUUUAUUUAUCACAAAAAAUGGGUUUAGGAAUGUUGAUGAUGAUGACUGAUGAGGUGUGUAAUCGUUUUUAAAUUAGAAAAUGGCUUCUUCUGCUUGUAUGAUUGUAUCGCUAAUCUUCCACGCGUAUUUCUUUAAUGUCAACGCUAAUAAUUUCCAAUUGUGUCCCUUCUUGAACUUAUCAUACAUAUUUUGAUGACGCAAAUAUCUCACCGAAUCAAA